UCUCUCUCUCUCUCUCUCUCUUCUGUUGUGCUAUACAGUGCUAUUAGCUGAAAAUGGAAGCAACAUUGGAUCAUUGGGAGGAGAAUGAGGAAGUGGGCAUUGACUUGCGAGGAAGGAUGGCUCGCCGAAACGGCAACACGAUCACUAAUGGUGAAGAUAGUGUCUAUACCUCACAGAGUUCAAGUGAAGCUGAUUCUACCAGCGCAGAGGAGGAAGAAGAAGCUAAGGGAAGCCCAAGAAACGGUUUUGAUAUGAAAACUGGCAAAAAUGGAGGUACUGAAUCCCCAUAUGAGAUCUUUGGAUUCAAUGGUGGAGAUAUCGAUUUACUAAUUCCCAAGAAAAGUUCUGGAAAUGAAAUAGUGGCUAGUGAAGUAGAGAGUCUAAGCUUUCAGAAGAGUGUUGAAGUUAAGCAACGAGAUGAGGAUAAUAAGUUGAAGGAUGAAGAGUUACUUGGUUUUGGUUCUUUUCCUUCCAAGCAGUCCAUUGAGCAAAAUGGACGCAAUGCUUUUCUGGAAAAUGGAAAUGCUAAACAUGAGGAUGUUAAGUUGAGAGAAAUUGGUGAAAAGCUAGAAUUGUCUGAAUUAUUUCUUGAGAGGGUGUUUGAGAAGCCAGCUGCGCAUGAGUUCUACUGUCCUAAUUGCAAUUCUUGCAUCACCAAAGUUCUCAUCCGCAAUAGAGAAUUGGAGACUAGACCUGAAACUGUACCACUUCCUGAGCCAAUUGAUACAGUUAGAUGCACUUCAUGCUUUAGUUUCCUCAUUCCUGCAGGCAAUUGGUUCUUUCCCAGAUCAACAGCAAAAGAACAGGAUCCAACAGAUCAAGGACUCAAUAUUGAAAACAAUGUUGGAGCAGUUUCAUCACCUGAAUCUAAUGGACUACUACACGAUCAAAAUAGUCAAGUUGCAUCGGUAGGUAAGGGCUCAUUGAUUGAGCCUGUUGGACCAUCAAGAAAUAAUUUUAACUUCAGAAUUGGAGUUGAACAACCCGUUUCACUACAAGACUCGAAUGGAACAAUAUAUGAUAAAAGAUCUCCAAUGCCUGCUCAGUCAGAUGGAAUUAGUCAAGUUGUAUCAGCAGAUAAAACACCAGAGCCCUAUCUAGAGAGUAGAGUUGGAGUUGAAUUGCCAGUUUCACUACAAGACUCGAAUGGAACAUUCUAUGAUAAAAGACCUCAAACGCCUACUCAGUCAGUAGGAAUAAGUCAAGCUGUCGCAGUAGAUGAAGCUCCAGAGCUCUUUCUUGAGAGUAGAGUUGGAGUUGAAUUGCCAGUUUCACCACAAGAGUCUAAUGGAACAUUAUAUGAUCAAAAGCCUCCAGAGCAUGCUCAGUCAGUUGGAGAUAGUGAAGCUGUAGUGAUUGAUAAAGCUCCAGUUCCUGGUAACUUUGUUGAAGCUAGCAUUAAUGGUGUUCAUCUGCCAGUUCCAUCAUAUGACUCGAAUGGAACAUUACAUAAUCAAAAAUCACCAUUGCCUGGUCAGUCGGUUGUUAGCAUAACUGUUAAAACCCAGUCAGCAGCACCUGAAAUAGAUGAUGCAGAGCCAUCAGAAUCAAGAUCUCGUGAGAGCACGACAGUCAUAAUUACAUCAGAUGGACCACCAAUAAUAUCUGAACCACGUGAUGCAAAAACCCUUGAUAUCCUCAAGAGUAUCGUGUAUGGCGGUUUAACUGAAGUAAUUGCCAGCUUAAGCAUUGUGACAUCUGCAGCUAGUGCUGGUACUGCCACAUUGAACAUUCUAGCUUUGGCCUUGGCAAACGUGCUGGGUGGUCUUUUCAUCAUUGGACACAAUCUUUGGGAACUGAAAGUCGAUCAAUCUAGAGUAACCUCCAGUGGAGCAGAUGAACAAGUGGAUAGAUAUGAAGAUGUACUAGGGAAGAGACAGAAUUUCAUUCUGCAUGCCUCAGUUGCCAUUUUUUCGUUCCUCAUUUUCGGAUUAGUACCUCCUUUGGUUUAUUGCUUCUCAUUCCGUCAGAGCAAUGACACGGACCUAAAGCUUGCAGUAGUUGCCGCAUCUUCUCUCUUAUGCAUCAUACUCCUUGCAACCGGUAAGGCUUACAACCAGAGGCCACAAAAGUAUAUCAAAACUUUGGUGUACUAUGUCAUCAUCGGAGUUGGGGUUGCUGGUGUUUCUUACAUAGCAGGUGACCUGAUUGACAAACUUUUAGAGAAGCUUGGCUGGUUUGACAGUACUGUUGCUGGCACUCUGCCUCUUCCUCAGAUGAGUACGGUGAAGCCUGCAUGGAAAUCCUGGUGACAAAAUGGGAUCUCAACAUGGAAAUUUUGUAGCUUUUACAUGGAGUAAGUCUUAUGACGGCUGCAAUUAACAUUAGCAUAGUAACUUUGCUCUUAGAAAUUAAGUACUACGUCGAGAUUUUUUUUUUUUGGAAAUGAACGUUGAGAUAUUUUGCUCAGCUGGUUUUGUUAUGUUUUCUAAUUCUUCAAUAGAGUAUGUUUUUUUAAUAAUAAUUCCAUACUGCAGUACGCAGUUCAGAUGGUGUCUAAUCGAGCUUAAUGAGAAUUUAUCCUUUCUAUUGCU